GGGCCGGCGGGCGGCCGAGGCGAGCGGUGGGGAUCCAUGGAGGAGGCCGCGCCGUGCUCGGAGCCCGCCAAGACCAUCAAGCGCAUCGACCGCGAGUCUGUGCACCGGAUCUGCUCGGGGCAGGUGGUGCUGAGCCUGGGCACGGCCGUGAAGGAGCUGGUGGAGAACAGCCUGGACGCCGGAGCGACCAACAUCGAUGUAAGACUUAAAGACCACGGGGCGGAGCUGAUAGAGGUUUCAGAUAACGGAGGUGGAGUGGAAGAGGAAAACUUUGAAGGAUUAACUCUGAAACAUUAUACGUCAAAGAUACAAGAUUUUUCUGAUCUAAUACAUGUUGAGACAUUUGGGUUUCGAGGUGAAGCUCUCAGUUCGUUGUGUGCAUUAAGUGAUGUUACCAUUUCGACUUGCCAUAAGUCUGCAAAGGUUGGGACUCGUUUGGUAUUUGAUCACAAUGGUAAGAUUACCCAGAAAGCUCCUUAUCCACGGCAGCAAGGAACAACUGUGAGCAUACAGCAGCUAUUUCAUACUUUGCCAGUGCGACAUAAGGAAUUUCAAAGAAACAUCAAAAAGGAAUAUGCAAAAAUGGUUCAGAUACUGCAAGCAUACUGUAUUAUUUCAAAAGGAGUGCGGAUUAAUUGCACUAAUCAAGUUGGUCAAGGAAAAAAGAGCCCUGUGGUAUCCACUACUGGAGGUCCUAACUUAAAGGAAAACAUUGGAGCAGUAUUUGGGAAAAAACAGUUGCAGAGCCUGAUUCCUUUUGUUCAGCUGCCUCCUAAUGAAGCUGUUUGUGAAGAAUAUGGACUCAAAUCUACAGACCUUCCAGAAAAGCUGUAUAGUAUUACGGGCUUCAUUUCUCGUUGUGAUCAUGGUGUUGGAAGGAGUACAACAGACAGACAGUUUUUCUUUAUCAACCAACGUCCAUGUGAUCCAGCAAAGGUUGUCAAGCUUGUGAAUGAAGUUUAUCACUUAUACAAUAAACACCAGUAUCCUUUUAUUGUCCUUAACAUUUGUGUAGAUUCUGAGUGUGUCGACAUCAACGUAACUCCAGACAAGAGACAAAUUCUGCUUCAAGAAGAAAAGCUUUUAUUGGCAAUUUUAAAAACUUCUCUGAUAGAGAUGUUUGGUAGUGAUGUUAACAAACUGAACGUUAAUCAGAAUCUUCUGGACAUUGUAGGCAAUGUGAAGGCACCUCCUGGAGACGCAGAAAAGCCCUGGGUAGAAAUGUCACAUCACUCUGAGACUGAAAAUCCAAGCAGUGAAGGGAAAAGAGUAAUGACUCUUUCCAGAUUAAGGGAGUCAUUCUCUCUCCAUCAAACUGAGAGUUAUUUCCAAAGCCCAAAGAAGGUAAAACAGCGACACAGCUCCAGUAAACAGCUGUCACUUGAUACCAUUUUGAGUACUGUGAGGACUCAAAAGGCUGUUUUGAGUGAGGAUUCUGAGAGUUGUCAUGAGAUGAAGUCAAAGAUGCCAGUUCCAAGGAAAUAUUUGAGAAAAGUAGAUGAUAUUGAUUCUGGAUUCUGUAGCACUUCUGAAUCAGAUGCUGGAUAUAACACACCAGAGGCUGGGAGUUGUGUCAUCAGUGAAAGUGUAAAUAAUCCCAUUGAAGAAGAAUUCUGUAGCUCAGAAGAACAACAUCAAAAUGAGUAUCUUAAGACUGUUGGACAUAGUGAGAAAUCAUUGGAAUGUGACAUUCAGGUCUUGGGCACUGAACAUAAAUUAAAUCGAGUGAAUGACUGCAAUAACCAAACUAACUUACCUCAAGAAGCCACUAACUCUUUACCAAGAGUAAGACGUUUUAAAAAUGAGGCAGAUGACUUCAAAGCAGGUAUACAUCCUAAAGUGGAGAAUACCAGAAACUAUAUGCCAUGUGUUGAUGUACUGGUGGAAGUUAAAAAGAAAACUGUGCCGCUUGAAUUCUCAAUGAAAGCUUUAGCUGAAAGGGUAAGAAAGAUUGUACAGCAACAGCAGAAGUGUACAGAAACACAAAAUUACAGAAGAUUUAGAGCAAAAAUUAGUCCUGGAGAAAAUAAAGUAGCAGAAGAUGAAUUAAGAAAAGAGAUCAGUAAAGAAAUGUUUGCAAAAAUGGAAAUCAUUGGCCAGUUCAAUUUAGGGUUUAUAAUAGCCAAGUUGAAUUCUGAUCUUUUCAUAAUUGACCAACAUGCUACUGAUGAGAAGUACAACUUUGAGAUGUUACAGCAACACACUGUUCUUCAAGGCCAGAAGCUGAUAGCGCCUCAAAAUCUCAAUUUAACUGCUGUAAAUGAAACAGUACUGAUUGAAAACCUGGAAAUAUUCAGAAAAAAUGGGUUUGAUUUUGUGAUAAAUGAAAAUGCUCCUGUAACCCAGAGAGUUAAAUUAAUAUCCUUGCCAACAAGCAAGAACUGGACAUUUGGUCCUCAAGACAUAGAUGAGCUGAUCUUCAUGUUAAGUGACUGCCCGGGAGUCAUGUGUAGACCCUCCAGAGUCAGACAGAUGUUUGCUUCUCGAGCUUGCAGAAAAUCUGUGAUGAUUGGAACUGCACUGAAUGUGCAGGAGAUGAAAAAACUGGUUACCCACAUGGGUGAGAUCGAGCACCCCUGGAACUGCCCCCACGGGCGGCCUACGAUGAGGCACAUAGCCAGCCUGGAUUUGAUUGCAUCGGAGUGACACUCAGGCCCGGCUUCUGUGACGCUUCCCACGGCAGCAGCCCGGCGCCGUUCAGGCUUUUAUCACAGCUGUCUGACUUGGACUAAAAUACAUGGCCAGGUUUCACAUCUGACAGUAAGAAGUCAUUCAGCUGCCUCGUCCUUCGUACCAGCGGUACCGACAUAGAAUUCGUGUGUAGAUACCAUCUUUUAUUGUGGUUUGCUUUCUGUAAUACUUCAUUCAUACUCACGAUUUUUAUAAUAAAUGUAAAUGUGUGUAUGUAAGGACCCAGCGGGGCCACCAGCAUUCACUGCAGGUACGGGGAUCCUCAGAGCGCGACGCUCCUAGCUGGGAGAGUUACCUGUGUGUGUCUGCUGUGUCGGACCAUCUAAAUUAAAGGUAACCCGUGGGUGGGAACGCUGCAGGUUUCACUGGUAAUUACUGAAAGCACUAAUACUGCCUUUAAUGAUUAUCUUACUGCCAUUUGUGCUUAAUGUUAAUAGAGUAACUCAUGCAGCAUACUAAAUUUCAAUUAGCACUG